CAUUGCGUUGAUUGCUUCCCAUCUGCUGUGUUCUUUGCAGAUAAUGCUGUUGUCAAUGGCGAUAUGGAAGAAGGCCCUUGGAUGUUCAAAAAUGUGUCACUAGGCAUCCUACUCCCGACCAACCUUGAUGAAGAAACAUCCUCGUUGCCUGGUUGGAUUGUUGAAUCAAACAGGGCUGUCCGCAACAUAGACUCCUACCAUGAUUCCUUCCCACAGGGCAAACGAGCCAUGGAACUGCUCUCUGGGAAGGAAGGUAUCAUCUCUCAAAUGGUGGAAACCUCGGCGAACAAAGAUUAUGUCAUGACAUUUUCUUUAGGCUAUGCUGGUGACAAAUGCAAGCAACCUCUUGCAUUUAUGGCCUUUGCCGGAGACCAAGCCCAAACAAUCCAUUACACCCCAGAUUCCAACUCAACCUUUCACAGUGCCAGUAUGAAUUUCACUGCCAAGGCUGAGAGGAACCGCAUUGCGUUCUAUAGUGUGUAUUACAAUACGAGAACCGAUGAUUUGAGCUCACUAUGUGGACCAGAGGUGGAUGAUGUGAGGGCAUGGUUUUCAAGUUCCAUCAUAAAUGUGUUUGGGAGAUUGGGUUUAGGGAUUGUGGUUGGAUUUUGGGUGGUGGUUUUUGUUUUGAUUUAG